AAGUGGACAAAUACGCUCCUCCAGCCCCAAACAAGCCUGCUCUUCUUUCCUGAGCAUUUAUCAGGCUAACCACUCUGUAAACAUCAUAGCGUUUGGUUCUCCUCAGGACCACCAUGUGAGAUAUGAGCUUGUACCCGUUUCACAGAUGCCCAGAGCGAGGUGCAGGGAGCAUUGGUGCGUUAGCCCAGGUCACGGGCAUGGGAGGGGCAGAGCCUGUGUGGAAGGUCGGGUUGGCUGAGCCCGGAGCUGUGCUUUUCCCAACAAGCCAGCUGCUGCUCUGUGUGUAUGUGUGUGUGUGCAUCAACACAAGUGUGUAAGCAUGCGUGCAUAUGUGUGAGCACGUGUGCGCCUGUGUGUGUGCGUCUUGAGUGAAUUUCAGACAAUCUUACGGGGAGAAAAGUAGCCACGGCCCUCUGUUUUGCUCUCCUGGGUACUUCCCAGGCCCAGACAAGAUGAAAAGAGGAAAUCCCCAGCCUCCUGCGGAGAAAAGGGAACUGGCUUUCAGAGGGUGGUGUGGGAGGAAUGACAGUAAAUGGAGAGGGCGGGGACAGCACCAGGCCGGGAGGGUGGCAGUGAACGUGUGAGCGGGCAUGCGUGCGCGAGAUCACACCUAGGGGAGGACGCGGGGGCCCCCAACACCCAGCGACCCCAAAGCAGGCCUAAGGAGCAGAGUCCUGGAAGGAGGAACCACAAGAGCCGAUAACAUGGGUCUGGCCUGGCCCCCAGCCAGGGAGGGACACAAGAUUCCAGGGCAGUGAGGACCCUGGACCCUGCCCAGACCUGGACCCACCUGUGCCGGCCCCCUGCUCAUCCAGAGUUGACCCCAAAGAUGAGGCUGACCCAGAGGCUGCUCCCCAUCGCUCUGCUGGCUCUGUGCUGGAGGCUCAGUGUGGCAGGGGCCCAAGGGACCAUCCCGCUGCAGACCCUGAGCUGCCAUAACGACUACACCAGUCGCAUCGUCUGCAGCUGGGCGGACACCCGGGACGCCCAGCGGCUCAUCAACGUGACUCUCCACCGCAGGCUGAACGAGGACCCACUGCAAAAAGUGGCCUGCCAUCUCAGUGAUGACAUGCCUUGGACAGACCGCAUUUGUCCCGGCUGUGUGCCCAGAAGAUGCGUCAUUCCCUACAAGCUUUUCGUCCUUGCUGACAGAGACUACUUCUCAUUCCAACCAGACAGGCCUCUGGCCGCCAAGCUCACCGUCACUCUGACCCAGCACGUGCAGCCCCCCGCCCCUGAGGACCUCCAGGUCACUGCUGCCGGGGACCAUUUCCUGCUGACCUGGAGAGUGGCCCUUGUGGCGUCCCAGAGCCACUGGCUGUCCAACCUGGAGUUCGAGGUGGUCUACAGACAGCUUCAGGACUCCUGGGAGGACGCCCCCACCCUCCUCUCCAACUCCUCCCAGGCUGUCCUGGGGCCAGAGCACCUCCUGCCCAGCAGCACCUAUGUGGCCCGAGUGCGCACCCGGCUGGCCCCGGGCUCGGGGCUCUCGGGACGGCCCAGCCAGUGGAGCCCGGAGGUUCGCUGGGACUCCCAGCCAGGGGAUGAGGCUCAGCCCCGGAACCUCCAGUGCUCCUUCGACGGUGCCACUGUGCUCAGCUGCUCCUGGGAGGUGAGGUCCGAGGUGACCAGCUCAGUCUCCUUCGCCCUCUUCUACAAGUCCAGCCCCAGUGCAGGGGAGGAAGAGUGCUCCCCGGUGCUGCAGGAAAAGCGCGGCGGCCCCUACAUCCUGCACCGCUGCCGGAUCCCCGUGCCCGACCCCAGCAACCACAGCCAGUACAUCGUCUCUGUGCGGCCAAGGGAGGAAGAGAAAUUUAUAAAGAGCUCAGAGAACAUCCAGAUGGCUCCCCCGACACUCAAUGUGACCAAGAGCAGAGACGGCUACAUCCUGCACUGGAGAGCAGAGGAAAUGAUCUACAAACACAUAGGUCACACCUUCCAAGUCCAGUACAAGAAAGAUGCAGCCUCAUGGGAGGAGAGCAAGACAGCGUCCCUCCAGAACGCCCACAGCAUGUCCCUGCCACAACUGGAGGCCUCCACCGGGUACCAGGCGAGGGUGAGGGUCAAGCCCGCCCCCGGUGGCUACAACGGGAUCUGGAGCGAGUGGAGUGAGGAGCGCUCCUGGGUCACUGAGUGGGUGCUGCCCAUGUGGGUCCUGGCGCUCAUCCUGGUCUUCGCCACCCUAAUCUUGCUCCUAGCCCUGCGCUGCUGUGGCAUCUACGGGUACAGGCUGAACCGGAAGUGGGAGGAGAAAAUCCCCAACCCCAGCAAGAGCCACCUGUUCCAGAACGGGAGCGCCGGGCUGCGGCUCCCAGACGGCGUGUGGGUCCUCACCAGCAGGAGCCCCCCAUACCAGGGGCCGUGGGGCAGCCACUUCCCUGAGCUGGAGGGGGUGUUCCCUGUAGACUGCGGGCACAGCGAGGUGUCACCUCUCACCACAAAGGACCCUAAAGAUGCCCGGGACUCACCAUCCGAACCCGACACGACUCCGGCCCCCUCGGACCUGCCCACCGAGCGGCCCCCCAACUCUCAGCCGGGCCUCUCGGCCCCCUCUGGCCGGCCUGAGAGCGUGGUCUCUGGCUUCGACUUCAAUGGCCCCUACCUGGGGCCGCCCCACAGCCGCUCCCUGCCUGACGUGUUGGGCCCUCUGGCGUCCCCGCAGAUGAACACGAGCCAGAAGCCGCCACCUCCGGGGUCCCUGGAGUACCUGUGUCUGCCCGCGGGGGGACAGGUGCAGCUGGUUCCGCUGUCCCAGGCGAUGGCACAGGGCCAGGCCAGGGAUUUGGAGAAGAAGCCCAGCCCAGGGGCUGAGGAGAGCCCCUCCCUGGAGGCAGGGGCAGGCCCUGCCCCUCCUGCACCAGGGCUGGUGGUGGGCGCUCAGGACUCAAAGGGCAGCCCCACAGCUCUGCCUGCAGGCUCUGGGGGCUCUGAGGACAGCGGCGUGGCCUCUGGUUAUGUCACCACUGCAGAGCUGGCCCUCGUCCCGCCCACAGGGGCUGCCUCUGUCUCCCAGGCUCCGCCUCUGGUGCUCCCCUCAGACCAGGACCACAGCCUCUGUCCUGGACUGGCCGGUGGGCCCCCUGGGGCCCCGGCCCCCAUGAAGCUAGAGUUUGAGGGCUAUGUGGAGCUCCCUCCCACCACAGGUCAUUCCCCCAAGUCCCCACUGGUCAGUCCUGCUCCUCCUACAGCCUGCAGCCCCAUCCUGAGCCCAGGGGAGCCUCGGGCAGAUGCGGCCCCGGCCUCCCCCCACCCCGAGGGGCUCCUGGUCCUGCAGCAAGUCGGUGACUAUUGCUUCCUCCCUGGCGUGGGGUCUGGCCCCGUCUCACCCCAGAGUAAGCCCUCUUCCCCAGGACCCUGUCCUGAGAUUGGGGACCUCAACCAGGCGCUCCCACCCAAGAAGCCCCCGUCCCAGAAGCCCCGGUCCCAGGCCAUUCCCCAGGUGCCAGCUAUUCAGCUCUUCAAAGCCCUGAAACAGCAGGACUACCUGUCGCUGCCCACUUGGGAUGUCACCAGGCCUGGGGAGGUGUGCUGAGACCCUUAGACCCCGGGGGGUGCGAGUGGAAGGAGAGGAUCUGCUUUCCCUCCGCUCUGCCCUUCUCUCCCCCCAGCCCCUGGUCCCUUCCACAGUCAUCUCUGCAAAGCCAAGGAGAGGCUUCCAUGUUGGAGCAGAUGGAGACUGGGAAAAAGAGUCCACCACCGCCUUCUCUCUCGACCCUCAGCAAAUCACUUCUCUCCUCUCUCUCUCGCUCUCUGUCUCACACACAC